AUGAGUGCGCUUCCAUUGCAGGAAAAUUCCCUGAUGAAUUCCAAGGCUUCUCAAGCAUCGUCUCAACAAUCCACAUUGCCCCGAUAUCUUGCUCGAUAUGUCGACUUGGGAUUUGACUCGGACGACAUCGUAGCAUUGAUAGAUUCCAUCGAUGAAGAACAUGGGGUCACCAGACGGCCACACUUACCGGCGGAGAUCUUGUUCCUCAUCCUUGACUUUGUCCGGAUUGAUUGCAUCCUGGGAUUUCGACUUGUGUGCCGUGCUUUCAAACAGUACAUUGACACCCACGUAUUCUACUCCUACUUGUUGAGGACCGAAAUUAUCGGCUACGUGGGACCGCGAAUCCUAUACGGACCUGACUGGAUACUCCCCGCCUACGACAAGAUAAGCACGUUCUGCGCAUGUUUCUCGCAUGUGGAGAGGUUUGAGGAAGACAGCAGGGCCAAAUGGGGCGGUAAUCGGGCUAUCUUCAAGCUAGAUGAGGCGUACAUGAACAGAAUAGAGCAGCUUUGGAGGCCAACGUCUGGAGAUGUUUACAAUCCCAACACGGCGCUGUGGGCAACAUUCUGCUGGCAAUUCAUGACCAAACGUCCUAUAGAAUACUAUGGUAUGCGAUGGUUUGCUAAGAUUGACGAUGCCGUUCUGCCACUAGAUUCGUCGAUGUUUCUGAGCAGUGAAGUCAGGACUCGUAUGAUUGAAUUGGACUGGAAGAAUAUGGUGAUGGAAUUUGCUAUUGCUGAAGCUAAGGUGAAGAGAAAGUUGGAUUCGACGAAAGGGUUAAGAUAUACUUCGGGACAUCAGGACGAUUGCGUCCGAGCCGUAUGCCGGGAGCGACAACAUACGUUCAUCGACCUUAGUGUUCCGGAGGGAAGACGAUUGAAGUGGACCAUGAACACCCACCUUCGGCCACUCUUCCAAGCGCCGGGAUACAACAGGCCAAAGAACCCCAUCAUCGAUCAUGAAGACGACAGCAUGAAGAUGCUGCUAUUUCUCCGGAGGGAUGCAGCGGUGGGUCCUCGCGAACGCGAGUAUCUAAUGCAGCUCGCGAAGGACCGGGAAGCCAUCUUCAAAGAUAUGCAAGAGCUUGACAGAUCAGUGGCUGUCUGGAAAGACUUCCUAUAUGAUCCAUCGCCCAUUGAUCCCGGAGAAAGAGCAUUAAGAGUCACGACGGGAUUGAAGACCAGAAAAUUUACCAAAUUACCCACAAACCCAAUUGCUUGGAGCGAUAAGACUAGGAGAAGAGAAGAGCAAAGGAGAGAGAUGUGGAAAAAUCAGAGGAGAACCUUGGAUCAGAUCCUUGAGAUUACGAGAAAUGCGGUGGAUGUGCUUCAGCUACCCGAUGAUGCCUUUGACGAUGCCGACGAUAUUUGA